GUUGGACUAUUAUUCGGUAGAUAAUAAGUAGAAGAUAGAUCAAAUGUGUCCAUGAUUUUGUCUAUGCUCACAACCAAAACUUCUAAUUUACCAAGUCCAUAAUAACCUAUAUUUACGAGACCUUAUAUGUGAGAGAAGUCAUUUUCACUCAUUUUGGAGAAAAAUAUGUUCAACAAUAACAAGGUGACAAAACAUUUUAUAAAAUUCCAAUUCUCAAAUAGAUGCCCACUUCAACCUGACACAACAUCCUGGCCACUUCUAUUCUCAAAGCUAAAGUUACGCCCGAGAGAUUUGCAGUAUCACAGGAAACAAGAAAUACUCUGAAAUACAGUAAGCUGUAGAGUUAGAAGCCAAAUGGCCACUUAAGAAAUCAUUUGAGACGCGGGUCCAGCAAUUAAUUGACACCCGAUUGAAUGGUAAACUGAAGAGAAAUAUAUAAAAUAUAAGUAUCCAAAAAACUUAUUGUUGAGGCUAAAAAGGAAAAGGAAGAGUCAUCCUUGAAGUUCUCAGUUCUUACAUUUCAAAUGAUAAACUGAACCUUUUGGCAGAAAAGAACCAAUGAGUUUAUCUCGAGCUUUUCUUAUUUUGCUCUGUUACUUUUAUGUGUUUUUUUUCGCUGCCAAUGCUUCAGACACCAUUAGCAGUAGUGAGCCCGUGAGAGACUCGGAAACUGUAUUUUCCAGUGGCAAAAGAUUUAAACUGGGAUUUUUCAGCCCUGGGAAUUCUGCAAAUCGUUAUGUAGGUAUUAUGUUCAACCUACCAUCACCAACACCGACUGUAGUAUGGGUAGCUAACAGAGACAAACCUAUAAAUGAUUCUAGUGGAAUACUGACAAUAUCAGAGGAUGGAAAUCUUGUAAUUUUGAAUGGACAGAAGGAGAUUAUUUGGUCCUCCAGUACUUCAAACGCUAUGAAAAAUUCCACUGCCCGGCUCUUGGACAUUGGCAACUUAGUCUUGAAUGACAGCUCAAAUGGGAGAGUUCUAUGGGAAAGCUUUCAACAUCCUACAGAUUCUCUCUUACAGCUCAUGAAAAUGGGCAUUGAUAAGAGUACUAACACAACAGCUCUACUGAAAUCAUGGAGAAAUCCUGAUGAUCCGUCUGUCGGGAGUUUCUCAGCUGGAAUUCAACUUCAAUACAUCCCCCAGGCUUUUAUUUGGAAUAACAACGCUCCUUACUGGCGUUCUAGUCCAUGGAAUAAACAGAUCUAUAUUGGAUUACCAGAAAUGAAAUCUUCCUAUGGCUCUGGUGUUGACCUCAUAGCUGAUAAUGCUGGCACAGCAUACCAAACUUAUUCCGAUGGAAAUCAGUCUUGGAUACUCUACUAUUCCUUGAAUUCAACAGGGUCUUAUCAGGAGAAGGUUUGGGAUCCGAGAAAGAAGGAUUGGGUGGUAACAUGGGCAAAUCCCCGAAGUGAGUGUGAUUUUUAUGCUAAGUGUGGGCCGUUUGGAGGCUGUGACCCAAAGAGUUCUCCAAUAUGCAGUUGUAUACAAGGGUUUAAACCGAAAAAUGAAGGAGAAUGGGAGAAAGGAAAUUGGACUGGUGGAUGCAUCAGAAGGACUGCACUAGACUGUGAAAGGAACAAAACUGAUGUUGAGAAGGGCAAGCAGGACGGGUUUUUGAAACUGCAGACAAUGGGAGUGCCAGAUUUUGUAAUUUGGGUACCUUCUGCGAAAGGAGACUGUGAGAGAGACUGCUUGAGUAAUUGUUCCUGCACGGCGUAUUCGUACUACACAGGCAUAGGUUGUAUGCAUUGGAAUAGAAGCUUAAUUGAUACUCAAGAAUUCUCCAUGGAUGGGGCGGCUGAUUUGUUCAUUCGCCUUGCCUACUCUGAACUUGCUGCAAAUGACAAGAAAGACAUCCCUAAAGUAGCUAUUGCAAUCACAGUCUCAAUAGGCUCAAUAACAGUUUCCAUAUGUGGAUAUCUUUUCUGGAAAUUGUUUGCUAAGCACAGAGGAAGGAAGAGAAAAAAUGAAGCAGUUUUAAGAGAAGCGUCUCCGAACUAUUACAAGGAGAGGCUGAUUAAAGAUGACAUCCACAAAUUCAAAAUUGAAGACAUCACCUUGUACAGCUUUGACAUGUUAGCAAAUUCAACUGACAAAUUUCACUCAGCUAGCAAGCUAGGGCAAGGAGGCUUUGGUCCGGUCUACAAAGGAAAAUUGCCAGAUGGACAAGAAAUUGCAGUUAAAAGGCUUUCACAGUCUUCUGGUCAGGGGCUACAAGAGUUUAUGAAUGAGGUCGUCGUGAUUUCUAGACUACAACAUCGUAAUCUUGUUAGACUCCUCGGCUGCUGCACAGAGAGAGGGGAAAAGAUGCUGGUUUAUGAUUUCAUGCCAAAUGGAAGCUUAGAUGCAUAUCUUUUUGGUUCACACCAGGAAAAGUUCCUUGAUUGGAGUAAACGAGCCAUCAUUAUUGAAGGAACUGGUCGAGGCCUCCUUUACCUUCACAGAGACUCGAGACUGCGAAUUAUUCAUAGAGAUCUGAAGGCAAGCAACAUCCUGUUGGAUGAAUACCUAAACCCAAAAAUUUCAGAUUUUGGCAUGGCGAGGAUUUUUGGAGGCAAUCAAGAUCAGGCCAAUACUAUAAGAGUUGUUGGCACAUAUGGUUACAUGGCCCCUGAAUACGCAAUGCACGGGAGAUUCUCAGAAAAGUCAGAUGUCUACAGCUUCGGAGUGUUGAUACUAGAAAUUGUCAGGGGAAGGAAGAACUCUAGUUUUUACGAUGCUGAAGAUGAACUGACUCUACUUGCAUAUGCAUGGAAGUUGUGGAAUGAAAACAAUAUUAUAAAAUUGAUAGACCCCAAAAUAUUUGAUCCAUGCUUUGAAAAAGAAGUUGUGAGAUGUGUACAUAUUGGAUUAUUAUGUGUUCAAGAAUAUGCAGACGACAGGCCAAAUGUCUCCACGGUUCUAUCAAUGCUCACUAGAGACAUAGCUGAACUUCCUACUCCUAAACAACCAGCAUUUACCCGAGGACAUGGUCCACCAGAGCAAGGAUCUUCUAAAGCCCAAGGUUCCGUGGACGCUGAUUCCAUAACUGUAGUGGAACCACGAUAGGAUGUAAUGUUUUCAAGGUAGGCAAAGAUCAUUCCUUUCCAUAAAACUGUAACGAUAGCUAUUUUUUUUGGAAUUUUUACUUGGUGUAGCUUCUUCUAAGAGGUAAUUAUUGAUAAUAACUACCUUUUAGUUUAUUUA